GAUACCUGUUUUAUCGAUUGAACAGUUGAAUUUAAAUAUGGCGACUGAUUACUUAUAACGUGUGCAUUUCAUAGCUUUUGCUUCAGAACAGAAAUAUUAUCUACUGUGCUGUGCUACAUUUAUAUUAAGGUAAAUUUAUUUGUAGAAUUUCGCCUAUUAGAACAAUUUAUAUCUAUGCAAGUUUGUAGCGAAUCCAGCAAUGUUACCAACCUUGAGGAAAAUAUCUGGUUUCCAGCAUUUGAAAAAUGCGGCUAUGUUGUCAAGCGUAUUUUUAUAACGGUGCAUCAUAAAUAAUUUGAUCAUACAAAGAAGAAUGAAAUCAAAUCAAAUGCACUUUUAUAAUUGCAUCCUUGAGAGAAACCAUAUAAUGCAUUCUGAAGUACAAAUUAACGAUGUCUCUUCAAACGAUGUUUAUACCCAUUUCGUUUCAGUUUCUCAGGCAGAUUCAUCAGAUGCAAUAGAGAACGAGAGCACUAAAAACAAUCCACAGGUGCGCCAGCCAUCAAGAGAGAAACCAGCGAAACCUAAGAAUAUAAUAAAGACACUCCGGAUCGGCUGGCUGCACAGAGAAUCAGCGGACAAAAGAUAUCGUCGCAUGAACAAACCAUUUGGUGGCGUGAGGCGACUCAAGCUGGACGAGUCAUCCUUCUACUCAGCGGACCGCAUUAGAGAGAUGGCUGCGGAGCGAUUCGCCGAUUCCCUGAAAGAUCGGUACGAUGUGCAGUUGGGUCUGUUCGACGGCCAAGUGAUCUCCGAAUUCGAGCUUCCCAGCGGUGAGCCAUGCGACGUCUGGGACUACUGUCGGGCCCGCAAUACGACCCCCUACGGACUCAACCUGUUCAUCCUGACGUCUCCGAGGGACGAUUUCCUUACCGAUCGUCGGAUCGAUUGCGCCGAAGAGAAACUCACUCGCGCCAGACGACGAACGAAGAUCAGAAACGGCGAGUACGUCCCCCGAGACGACAUUUACGUGCUGUACCACUACGUGCGGGUGUCCAAGUACUCCGGCGAGAUGUCCUGCACGGAGUGUCGCAAGCGCGACCUGCACACCUACUUUCUGGAGGAGCAGUUUGGCGACGGUCCAGCGAUCGAACAAUUCGAUCCCCUAGAUUACGGCUACGGCAUCAGUCGAAUCGAGAAGGACGAUCAGAUCUUAAUGCAGAUCGGUAUCGAGAGCGACUCGUCGAGGUCCUUUCAUUUUCCCAGCACCGAAGCCGAAACCGGUCAUCACGUGGUGCUUCACGACGUGGACGAGCUGCAGGGCGUCUGCGACGGCAGCUUCGGUCUAGGUUUCAUCCCGAGCUGCACUUGUCGCGGAUCGAAGUUUACCUGGUACCGAGAUGGUCAGCCGUUUAGAUGCGGCGAAUCUCUGUACUGGCUGGGCAACGUAGUGCUCGAACCAGGCCAAGAGUCAAGUACAUUUUGGUGCGUCGUUGCGUGUAAGAUUACUCAGACUGAAAUCAAAUCGAAGGAGAUUCAGGUCACCGAGGAGAUGAUCGGCAAGCGGUUGGAGUACCCGUACUGAGUACUCAUGUAUUUGUACAUAUAAUAUUAAAUUUUUCAUUCUGUAAAAAGUAUUAUUUGUAUAAUUUGAAAGGCGAUCGACUCGACUACUCACUGGUUGUGCUGUUAUUUUCGUUAUUAAUCUCAUCCAUCUAGUACACAUAACUUUUAUACUAAUAUUAAUCACAAUCUUAUAUACAAAGCGAAAAUUUUUACGAACCAAUCAAACAAAAAAUAAACGACCAAACGUACAGCUUA